AUGGUGUGCUCCAGCCCCGUGCCCAGAGCCCAGGGCUCCGGCCAGGAUGAGCGCCGCGGUGCCCAGCCCGACCUGCUGUGGCUGGCCGAGCUGACGGGCGCCCACCUGGGCUUGGCCCCCAUCUCCCAGGACCCCGAGGACCGCUGCAGCAUCUGGGAGAACCUGGUGAGCCUGGUGGACUUCCAGAGCCCGGGAUUUCCCCUGACCUCCGAGGAGCUCGGCCACUACAUGGACAUCCCGCGCUCGGCCGCGUCCUCGCCGGGCGCCGCCAGCGUGGCCCGGGCGGUGACCCCGCCGGGACACCCGGGGGACGUCGACUACAGGACAAACGGCCACGUCAAGCCGCCCUACUCGUACGCCACGCUGAUCUGCAUGGCCAUGGAGGCCAGCCAGCAGCCCAAGCUCACCCUGGCUGCCAUCUGCAAGUGGAUCAGCGACAAUUUCUGCUAUUUCCGCCGCGCCCACCCCAGCUGGCAGAGCUCCAUCAGGCACAACCUGUGCAUCAACAAGCGCUUUGUGAAGGUGCCCCGCGAGAAGGGGGAGCCGGGCAGAGGAGCCUUCUGGAAGCUUCACCCCCAGUACGCCCAGUGGCUCAAGAGCAGCACCCUCAAAGGACACAGGGCCCUUCCAGAUCCCGUGCCCUCCUCCAGGCGAGCGCAGCAGUGUCCCCGCCGUGUCCCCAGCCCCGCUGGCACUGCCACCGUCACCGCCGCCCGCGGGGGCCUCGAGGUGGGCGCGGAGCUGCAGCGGCUGCUGCGCGAGUUCGAGGAGUUUGAGAGCAGCCACCGGUGGAGCCCGGUGGAGAACCGAGGCGCCCAGCAGAGCCAGCAGCCCUGGGCAGAGGUGCCCUGGGUGCCCGGCUGUGCCCAGGGGUGCCAGGAGGCGCCGGGCGAGCUGACGGAGCUGAAGGGCAGCACGGAGUGGGAAGCGCUGCUGGAUGCCCCCGCGGAGCAGGGGGAGUUCUGUGCUCUGGGGCAGCCUGGAACCUUCUCCCUGCACCCCAGCCGGGCACGGGGCUGGCCCCAGGCCCUCCCUGAGCCCAGCCCUGCUAAGCCAGGCCUGGAUGAAACCCUGAUGGCCACGGCGUUCCUGGAGGCCGCGUGGCACGAGGAGAUGAGGGGCAGCGUGCCCGGCUGCGUGCCCGCGGAACAGGGGGCUGGGAACCUCCAGGGCAGCAGGGAGAUCAUGGACUGGGACUCGCUGGCACAUUUAAGGCUCUAUUAG